GGGUGAAGCUGUUUUUGCCAGUGGACUGCCACUGUUGCCCUUUGCCAUGGAUGUCUGGGCCGCUCCGGGCAGGUCAGCGUUUGAUCGGGCUCUUUAUCGAUGGAAACUGGCUGCUGCAAGGGGUGUGGUUCAACCUGCUGACGACCUUGGGAUGUGUCCACUCCAUGCUUUUUGGGGCCUUCCACAUGGAUUUUUACAUGGCCCGAGGCCUGUCAGCCACGGAGGUGGCCGCUGUACAUAGCUUUUUCUCCCUGUGGAACCCGCUGAACGACAUAGUCGCAGGGCUGCUGGUAGAUGAGUGGGUAGCAAGGGGCUUUGGCUCCCGCUUGCUGUUGGCGGUAUGGGCCAAUGCCGGAUAUGCCGCCACCACUUGGUUUGCGUUUCAAGAGCUGUCCCUGCCAGCUUGGGUGCAGUAUGCACUGGCCAUCAGCUUGUCCGACGGCUUCGCGGCUGUGGCGGGCGCGGUGAAUGGGCUGAUCCUCAUCGAGCAGACGUCAGAGGACCGGCAGCGGAUCCAGAUCCAGCGGCUCAACUCCUUGUUCGGCUGCCUCGAGUGGCUGGUGAUGUCUGGCGCCUACUGGCUCUGGGACGCCCGGCCCGGUGAGGGCCAAGCCUUCCGCGGCUAUUUGUCGGCGGUGUGCGGGGGAUCGGCGCUGGUCACAUUGCUCUCGGUGCAGAAGCUGCAGCCUUCGAAGCCAAUGCGCGCGGCCCACUCCGAGAGCUUCUGGCAGAGGAUGCGCCAGUUUCUGCGCCUCGCCAAUCAACAUGGCAACUUCUGGCGCUACGCUGCGCUCACUGCUGCGCUCGAGGCUGAGAAUGUCUUCUUCCGGCAGUUUGACGUCAUCAUCAUCCGCCUGCUACUCAACUCCUGGCUCACCUGCGCAAAGGUUUUGCUCAUGAUCGGCGAUCCGCUUUGCGGCUGUUUGUCCUUUGCGCUGACCUGGGUGGCCGAACGGCCCGGGCUGGGCGUCUACUGGGUCACUCUGGGGGCCUUGCGAGUGCGGAUGCUGGUGAGUCUGGUGUCCUUGAGCCUCGUGGCUGUCUUGUGGGUUCUGGACGGCCGCUCCGUGGCUGCGUCGUGUCUCUUCUGCGUGCUCAUGGUGCUGCUGCGCGCGGCCACACGCCCGGCGGCGAACCUGGGAGCCAUCGCCUUCGCAUCGGUGAUCCAGGAGCACUCCCUGCUGGCACAGGAGCUUUGCCAUCCGCUCACGGAGGACGACGCGGGAAAGUACUGGAUGCUGCGGGCGGCGCUGGUGAAGCCGCUGAACUCUUUGGGCCCCGUCCUGGGCACUUCCGCCUUGGCCGCCGCCGGGUACCGCCCGACGGAGGGCACUGUCACUCCGGAGCUCUGGUGGCUGUGUGCCUGGCUGCCGGCAGUAGUGUCGCUGGCCGUGUCUGCCGCCUCGUUGCGGUCAUGGAUCAACUUCACGCUGCACGGUGAAAGACUAGAGCAACUGAAGGCAUGGAGACCGGAGCUUCAGAAGGUGUGAC